UUGUUCGAUUUACGGGAAGGGGCUGGAUUGAGAUGACUAUAAAAGUUUUGCAUCGGAACGCUAUCCAUGUAGAGUUGGAGGAGAGGGUUGUUUGGUGUGAGAGGAGUCGAGUGCAAGAGAGCAUGGCACAAGUUUUGGAAUUGGCAGCUACAGAUUAUCACUGUAACGUGAACAACAAUGCACACAGGACAGCAGAUUUCGGCUACUCCAGACUGAUUGUGAGACGAGGAGAUCGCUUCACUCUCACCUUGACAUUCUCCGGACUGGGUUAUGAGUCGAAACGGGAUCGGAUCUCCCUGUGUGUGGAAACAGGUUUGGUACCUUCAGAAACAGCUGGAACUAAAGCCCAGUUUCCACUGUCAAAUACUCUGGAUACAAAUAAAUGGAAUGCUGCUCUUGUAAGCAAUGUUGGGAACAAACUAUCCCUGUCCAUAUGUUCACCUGCCAAUGCCAAGAUUGGGCAUUACACUCUGACUCUGUGGUGCACAACACAAGGUCAAUCUACAUCAUUUGACCUUGGACAAUUCAUCCUCCUCUUUAAUCCAUGGUGCCCAGAUGAUACUGUUUUCCUAGAUGUUGAGAAUCAACGGCAGGAAUAUGUACUGAAUGAUCAGGGUUUGCUCUUUCAAGGUGCUAAGAACCACAUUUCAUCCAUGGCUUGGAAUUUUGGGCAGUUUGAGAUCGGUAUUGUGGAUAUUUGUUUGAAAAUACUGGAUAAUAGCUUGAACUUCCUGAAAAAUCAGGAGGAGGACUAUUCUCAUAGACAUGAUCCUAUUUAUAUCGGCAGGAUUGUGGCAGCUAUGGUGAAUUGCAAUGAUGAUAAAGGGAUACUGGAGGGUAACUGGGGGCCUGAUUAUUCACAUGGAGUACGCCCAACAAUGUGGAAUGGAAGCAUUUCUAUCCUCCGACAAUGGAGCAAAUUAGGUUGUCAACCUGUUCGCUUUGGCCAGUGUUGGGUCUUUGCAGCUGUGGCAUGCACAGUUUUAAGGUGUCUUGGAAUUCCCACACGGCACAUCACAAACUUCAACUCUGCUCAUGACACAGAUGAAAACCUGAGAGUUGACAGCUUCGUUGAUGAGAAUGGAAAACGGUUGAAAAGAAGUAGAGAUAGUAUCUGGAAUUUCCACUGUUGGGUAGAGUCUUGGAUGUCACGCCCUGAUCUGAAACCAGGCUAUGAUGGUUGGCAGGUACUUGACCCAACACCACAGGAGAAAAGUGAAGGAAUUUAUUGCUGUGGACCAGCUCCAGUUAAAGCCAUUAAAGAGGGAGAUAUCAAUCAGAAAUUUGAUAUCCCAUUUGUCUUUGCUGAAGUCAAUGCAGAUUAUGUGUCAUGGCUUGUCCUUAAAGAUGGAUCUAAAAAACAGAUCCAUGUUAAUCCUCAAUUAGUGGGUCAGAAAAUCAGUACAAAGGCUGUUGGCAGUGAUGAACGUGAAGAUAUUACACACCAUUACAAAUUUCAGGAGGGUUCCAAGGAAGCAAAAAAAGCUUUUGCGAAUGCAGAUAUGAAGAACAAAAUGUCUAAAGAGUCAGAGAAGAAAUUCUUCACAAAAUUGAGAUCUCAGAAAGUCAAUAUGAAUGGGGCAGAUUUUGAAGUCUCUGCUGUUAUCACAAAUAAUACCUCAGAGGUGAAGAAAUGCACUCUGUACCUGUGUGCCCAAACAAUCCUGUACAAUGGACAACCAAUUACAGAUUGUAGUUGGGGAUGUUUCGACGACGUCCAAAUUGAACCGCAGGAAGCAAAGACAGAGACUCUACAGGUGCUUUACUCACAAUACAAACAGUCCAUGGCAGAAAACAAUCAGAUUCUCGUUGUGGCCGUUGCAAUUGAGAAUGAAGCUAAUGAAGUGCUGAUUUCCAGAAAAGUGAUUACUCUCCAGAAUGCAGACAUACACAUCAAGAUCCUGGGAGAGCCCAUACAGUAUUGCAAUCUAGUAGCAGAAAUUACCUUUACCAACCCAAUGCCAGUGAAUUUGUGCAAUGGUACGUUCCUGGUGGAGGGAGUUGGCCUCACUGAAGAGCAGAACAUUCCAUGCCCGGGUUCGGUGAUUAAACCAGGCCAAAAAGUGAAGGUGACGGUUAUGUUUACCCCUCAAAAAUCAGGCCUGAGGAAAUUGACUGUGAAUUUCAACGCCAACGAACUGAAAGCUGUGAAAAGUUUCAAAAACGUUAUUAUCAAACCGAUGGAAAAAUAGAACCUGUCAAUCAUCUUCCAAAGAAUAUUGUUUUGGAAGAGCGUGCCUUUGAGAAGGGAAGAAAAAUCAACACAGAUUUAGCAACAAAUAUUUAUGUUCAGCAUUCCUUCAUCAUUAAAGUCUUUCAAUAAUAGUAAGCAUUUAAAUAAUAAACUAAACCACUGUUAGGCAUCUAUGUUCAGUUUUGCUUCAUUUCAUCUAACGCCACAAAUUAUAAUAUAUUAUAAUUAAUGUAUUGUUCUUGUUCUGUUUUUAUUCAGUACUGUUUCAUUUACUUAAGUUCCACCUGAUCUGGAGUUAUGCAACUGCAUGACAUGAAUAAUGUCCGUAAUGCAAUACCACGCAAGAUUAAUAGUACAUGAAUAAUAUGACGCAGGCAUCAGAUGGUAUUUGCUUUGUUGGUCCACCCAUGUAUAGUAGCUUACCUCACAAUAGAAACCAGCAACCAGACAUUGAAUCAAGCCACCUCGCCAAUCACAUCAACUAUAUUAACCUACCAAUAACUCAAGAUACUAGACAUAGCUCAGUGGGAACGCGUACACCGCUGGAUUGGAAAAUAAGGGGUCAAAGGGCCACUUGAGCAGGCUUGGUCUAAAAAUAAUCAGUACAAUAAACUAUUAGAUGUGUCCUAUUUGGGGUGAGACAUUAGACCAAAGUCAUAUCUUCCUACUUAGGUGGAUGCAAUAGAUCCUCAGCCUCAUGAAUUGUAUGGUGCUGUUCUUUGGAAGAGUUUGUGAUCGAAUUUACUAAUUUUCUACUGAAUAUAUUUGCUAUUUUAAUGGAAAUCGCAUCUUUUUUCUAACUGGCCUAAAGCCAGGUUGCUAAUGGCUCUUUAUAAUCUCUAUUGUUUGUACAAGCUAUUAUACUUAUCAGAUUCUCUUUUGGCUUCAAUUAUGUAAAUCAUUUAUAGAGUAGUGUAUUGUGUUGUGCCAUUAAU